AAUAAUAGCAACUUCAGAAAUGGAUUGAUGAAAGCGAAAAGCAAUAAUAUUUUACGUGACUCUUCACUAUUGACUCUGAAAAACGAAUAUUUUAAACGCUUUUUACAUUCGCAUCAUCUUUUUUUUGUUGGUGAAAAUUCAAGUUUGCAGCAGCAAGUCACAAGCUACUCUUGGAUGGAUCAUAACAAUUUAUUUGUUGUUAAUUUCGUCUAUCCGCAUAAUAAUAAUUUUCAGCCGAUAACUUCUGGCCAACACGUGUAUCUUCGCCAUCUUUUUACUAAUAAGGGGCUUGCCUGUGGUAAUUAUAACCCUCCUGUUAGUAAGAAAGCAGGCCGUCGCCCUAGUGAAGUGGCUUCCGGUAAUUUCUAUGCAGCUAGCUCUCAAAAAGGCCUUAUGUAUGAGCUCCACGCCCUGCCCGGUUCGGGUCACAAAUGGGAGAUUUUAACCAACGGCACACAAAAAAUUAUACCUCAUAGUAAAGUUCGAUUCCGACACGUUUCAUUGGGCUGUUUUAUUGAGCUCACCGAUAAAACCUUACCUGAUUGGGGGCUUAAACAAGGCGAGGUUGUCUGCAACUUUUAUCCUUCCCUUGAAAGAUCUCUUUUUACUAUAAAAGAAAUAACUUAUAAAAGGGUUCCACCACUAGUCACAAAGCUUUGGAUAAUGUGCACGUGGCCUUUAGGUCAUGCACUUUCGUUUGGCUUGCCUGGUGAUAUAGGCGCUCUAUUGGCGGGCAGUCUGGAAGCGCUUUGA